GUCCGGGCCUGGCCGCGGUUAGGGCUCCGUGGGCUGAGGGGGGGGAACGGAGGUGGCAGCCUUGGGAGGAGGCGGCGCGGAAGGCCGAGGAGCACCAGCCCGGACCAAUCCCGCGUCCCGGGCCGCAACCCCCGAUUCUGCAGCGCACUGAGAGGCGAGACCGGCCGGAUGGGCCGCUGAGCCCGAAUCGGGGACCGUGUGGAGCCCCCUGGAGCUAAAAUCAGGAUGUUCCGCUUUAUGAGGGACGUGGAGCCCGAGGAUCCUAUGUUCCUGAUGGACCCCUUUGCUAUUCACCGUCAGCAUAUGAACCGAAUGUUGUCGGGUGGCUUUGGAUAUAGUCCCUUCCUCAGCAUCACAGAUGGCAACAUGCCAGGGACCAGGCCUGCCAGCCGUAGGAUGCAGACUGGGGCUGUCUCCCCCUUUGGGAUGCUGGGAAUGUCGGGUGGCUUCAUGGACAUGUUUGGGAUGAUGAACGACAUGAUCGGGAACAUGGAACACAUGACAGCCGGAGGCAAUUGCCAGACGUUUUCAUCCUCUACUGUCAUCUCCUACUCCAAUACGGGUGACGGUGCCCCCAAGGUCUACCAGGAGACGUCAGAGAUGCGCUCGGCACCAGGCGGGAUCCGGGAGACUCGCAGGACCGUACGGGACUCGGACAGUGGGCUAGAGCAGAUGUCCAUCGGGCACCACAUCCGAGACCGGGCUCACAUCCUCCAGCGCUCCCGAAACCACCGCACAGGGGACCAGGAGGAGCGGCAGGAUUAUAUCAACUUGGAUGAGAGUGAGGCUGCCGCAUUUGAUGAUGAAUGGCGGAGAGAGACAUCCCGAUUCAGGCAGCAGCGCCCUCUGGAGUUUCGACGGCAUGAGGCUUCAGGGGGUGGGGGUCGAAGGGCUGAGGGGCCUCCCCGCCUGGCCAUACAGGGACCUGAGGACUCCCCCUCCCGACAGUCCCGCCGCUAUGACUGGUGAAGGCCCUAGGCCUCUCUUGUACAGGCCGAGAGGCUGAGAAAUCAACCCCUGACAUAACUUUUUCCCCUCCAACUCCCACUCCCAAUUUAAUAUUAAAUUAACAGGCAAGCUGGCCCCCACCUCUCCCUGGGGGUCUCAGGGAGAACCUUUCACUGCCCCCUUUACCUUUUUCCUUCUUUAAUCCCCUACCAUGAUGACUACACUUCUCCUGUAUCUGCUAACUUGAUUUUUCAUUCUGCUGCUCCAUCGUUGAGCCUCUUCACCUUCCCCACUCUACCCUUGCCAUGCAUUGAAGGGGCUUUGGGGUGAGCUCUGGGCUUAGGGGCUUUCUCAAUCCCUUGGCUACCCUGGAUCUUUGCCCACCUCCUCCCCAGAUCCCCCACUUCAGAGGCCAUAGCCCUCAUCCAGGGCUGUGUGUGGAGGGACAGGACUGGCUCCCACCCCUUCCUCCCUUCCCACCCCCUGCACAUCACAAAAACCUUCCCUACACCUUUCUCUGCCUUUAUUUUUUGAUUUGUGCAACUUGUAACUAGGUGUUUAUGGAAUAAAGGAGAAUGGGGAAAAAAAAGACCAAGUA